GACAAACCCCAUAUCUGUACAACCGCACCUCAACAUCUCGAGCCAUGCAACUUAUUUCCUCGUGGACUUCCCUUUGCUCGGGAAAACUUGAUAUGAUAUCUGAACAUACUUCCGGAAAAUAGCUGACUCUGCCGGUAUAUCUGCAUUGUCAGUAGCCGAGGGCCCGCGCAACCACAACGUCACUACGGGACAACCACUUCCAAAUAUGUUAUGCAGCCUUCCACUCUGGGCUUAGAACGACGAGAAUCGAGCACACGAUGCCCCUGUCCUGACACUUGAACCCCCAUUCGACUCCAAUCCGACGCUGCCAUCUUAUCUUGGCCUGCAGCCCUGCUCGGGAACCAUGUCGAUGAGAAUGAGGUAAUCAGGCGGUCUGUUGUCGUCGGUCAACGGCGAUAAAUCUUUCGCCAUGUCGCUGUCUCUGUCGCAAUUCUUCUUCCCCCCCUUCUUCCUCCCUCUCUCUCUAUCGCCAUCAUGUUGGAGCUGAGGGAUCGGAUCGCGCUUAUGGAGUCUGCUCUGCAGAACUCCCAGGAGAUAGAAAUACCCGGACCCGUCCGACAGAGUAUGGAUCAUCGAUUCGACAAGACUGACCCCGCGGUCGAGGCGGCGCCAGCGCCCACUCCGGCGCAAGAGAAAACCAACCCGUUCGAUAGGAUCGAUACGACGGACCAGAAAACUCCUUUCUACGAUAGUAUCGCGGCGAAGUUUGGGCUGGGGAUCUUGGACGAGGAGAAAUUCAAUGACUACAUUGUGUACAAUGCCUUUGUUACGAACCUGCGAAUCUGCCCGGUACAUCUGGGGAGUGGGAAGGAGUACUACGUCGAGCAUCGAUCGUUCUUGCCGAAUACACCGGGUGCGAUUUUGCGGGAGGGAGUUGAUAAAUCUGGGAAGAGUCUCGGGGCUGCACAUCUGCCUUUGACGGGUCGGAAUAGUAUUGGAGUUGGGGACUUUGAUUCGAGACCGCAAGACGUCAUUUGGGAGAGGAUGGGUAAUGCCGGAUUUUGGACACACAUGAAAUACGAGUUUGAACAUGAGGUGAAUGGGGUUAGAAAGACGUUUCAUUGGAUUAGGACGAGGAAUAAUGUGCUGGACGAUCAGGGGGAUUUGGUGUUGGUGGAAGAUGGCAGAGAGGAUUUGAUACUGGCGGAAUAUGUUGGAAAGGGAUUGAUGAAAUGGAAGAAGAGGGGCAGACUAAGGAUCAGGGUAAUGGACUUUGGUGACAGCUGGGAGCUGAUUGUACUGUUGAGUUGGGCAUCUGUGAUUGAGCUUUCUAGACGGCGCGCGAGACUUCGGAGAUUUUCACCAACGCAUUUGAUUGGCAUUUGAGACGGCAAAGGUGGUUAACGGACGAACAUAAAGCAUUUAGCGGCAUAUCGGGUAAUGUUUAUUUUGACUUCGGGGAGGAGAAGCAUACGGAGAUCAUUUGUUUCCUGGCAGCAUACAGUGUGAAUGGCGAUAAGACAAGAUUUAGACUCGAGAAAUGCAUUCUUUCAUACUUUUGGAUGCUGCUUAUGCGUCCCGGUGCCUGCUUCUUGAUUCAGCACUCUACUCUUUACUCGAAUCCUCUCUAACAUAUACCACAGACGCGCCUCCUACGAAUCAUGAACUUGACUUUCCUCUUGGGCAGUACAGAGCCAAUAAAAAAGACAGCUAAGGAGGCUUCCGCUACCUAGGCUCAAUUUUCAUACCACGGGCCUUCGUUGUCUUAUAUUAUCGGAUACACUUUAGCUGUCAUAGAUGACUACCUAGGUACUCGCAAAUGAGCAUUAGAAGGAUGGUCUUUGGACCUCUUAGUCUCGCUUAAGCACUAGUGCGAUGAUCACCAAACAAAGCCUCCGCCUUUGAAAGUCAGCCCAGAACCG